AGGGCCGGCCAUUUUCACAAGGCUCGCAACGUAUGGGAUGAACGUCGUCACUCAGGCCUUCGUUGGUCAUCUUGGCGACCUGGAUCUCGCCGCUGUCUCCAUUGCUAGCACCGUCAUUGUUGGUUUCAAUUUCGGCUUGCUGGUCGCUCUCUCACUUUCUCUCUCUUUCCCUCUCCCUCUGCAAUUAUAGUACAAGUCGCCCACUAUAGACUAGUCACUCCACUAAUGCUAUGUUGCUCGGGAGCGGGCACAGUUUUCACUUCAAAAUACAAGAUGAUCGUCAUUUGUUUUCUAAUCUUCCCCGCUGCUAGCUAAUCCUUUCUUUUGUGUUACAGUAUUAGAUGGGAUGCAGUGCCGAUUUCUUUUGUCAUUAGGAAGAACUUGUUUUGAAAUUUUCUGUCCUAUCUAGUGAUUUUCCAUGCCAACAUGGGCGGGGGUCAUGGCCUGAGUGCUACUACAUGCUCCUGCAGUGAGAAACAGAGUACUUGUGUUUUUCAAGUAUCACAACACAGUUUGAACUGCUAGUCGACUGAGUCUCAAAUAGAUUAACAUCUUCUUCAUCAGAGGUUGGAACAAUAAAUGGAAUUUUUCAUCCAACAUAGCUCAGAUCGAAAACAUCAACUACUCAUUGGGCAUGGCAUCUGCACUGGAGACACUCUGCGGUCAAGCAUUUGGUGCUCGGAGAUACUCGAUGCUAGGAGUAUAUCUGCAACGCUCUUUCAUCAUCAUGUUCAUCUUCGCCGUCAUUCUGUUACCAAUGUACAUUUUUGCGACUCCCAUCCUUAAAUUCUUUGGACAAACCACCGCUAUAGCGGAGCUGUCGGGAUCUUUGGCCAUCUGGUUCAUUCCUCAGCAGUUUGCCUUCGUCUUGUUGUUCCCGCUGCAAAGAUUCCUCCAGUGUCAGUUGAAGAACAUCGUGAUCGCUUGCGUUACUGCAAUUGGGUUUUCUGUCCAUUGUGUCUUGAGCUGGCUUCUCAUCGACUAUCUCGACCUUGGGCUUGUCGGAGCCGCGGUGAGCCUUAACAUCGGGUGGUGGUUGCCAGCUCUGGGACUUCUUCUCUAUGUCGUGUGUGGUGGGUGCCCUCAGACAUGGACAGGUUUCUCAAGGGAAGCAUUUGCAGGUCUGUGGGAGUUCCUCAAGCUGUCCAUUGCUUCAGGGGUGAUGAUAUGUUUGGGGAAUUGGUACUACAGGAUCCUGGUCUUGCUGGCCGGGACAUUGAAGAAUGCGGAAAUUGCUGUUGAUGCACUCUCUAUAUGCAUGAAUAUCAAUGGCUGGGAGUACAUGAUUCCUAUAGCGUUCUUGGCUGCAACAGGAGUUAGAGUAAGCGUCGAGCUCGGAGCCGGCAAUGCGAAGGGAGCGAAGUUUGCAACCGUUGUCUCGGCAGCGACGUCGACGGUCGUCGGAAUAAUCUUCUGGAUUCUCAUAAUUGUACUGCACAACGAGUUUUUUCUCGUCUUCACCUCGAGCACAGAGGUACUUCAAGCUGCAUCAAAGUUGGCCAUAUUGCUAGCUUUCACCAUUCUUCUCAACAGCAUUCAGCCUGUCCUUUCAGGCGUGGCAGUGGGUUCAGGAUGGCAGGCCUUCGUCGCCUACAUAAAUAUAGGAUGCUACUACUUGGUUGGGGUUCCUGUUGGUGCUGUGCUUUGUUGGGUUCUGGAUCUCAGCGUCCUGGGACUUUGGAGUGGAAUGAUUGGAGGAACAGCUGUGCAGACAUUAAUACUGGGAAUUAUCGUAAUCCGGUGUGAUUGGGAGAAGGAGGCCCAAAAAGCAAGAAGUCGAGUUAGCAAAUGGAGCACCACCCCAAUUGCAGCUGAGACACCCCGAAAUGGUUCAUCAGACGAGACGAUGACACCCAAUGCCUGACCAGCUCUGUUGGUCUUCUCCUCUGCUUUUACGUGGUAUCGGAGAGCUCAAGCGCAAAUACGCGUGUGCUGUAAUUGAUGCAGCAGCUUCGGUGUGACCAUAUUGUUAAUGUUGUUGGGUGACUCAAUCAAAGAGCGAACUGAUUUCCCUUCGGUCUACUGCCCAUAUCAAAUUUUGCGGGGCAAGACUGCCUCCUUUAUAGGCAGGAAGCAGCAGAGCUCUUUAUUGUUUUCCUGCUUUUAAACUUGAGUGAACUCCCUUAUUGGAUGCAAUGUUUUACUUUUAAUGCAACUAGGUGAUACAUAUGUACC